AUGGGAUCUCUUUUUGAACAACCAAGAAAUGCCGGGACUUUGUUCCUUGGCGGCCAGAAAAUCAGUGGUUCUGAUAUUCGAGAUCAGAAUGUUCUCGCUACGCAAGCUAUUGCAAAUGUCGUUAAAAGCUCAUUUGGCCCUAGCGGCCUGGACAAGAUGAUGGUGGACGAUAUUGGGGAUGUCACAGUCACUAACGACGGCGCAACUAUCCUAAGCUUACUAGCCGUCGAGCAUCCAGCAGGGAAAAUUCUUGUCGAUUUGGCACAGCAGCAAGAUAAGGAAGUUGGUGAUGGAACGACAUCUGUGGUCAUUAUCGCGGCGGAACUGCUGCGACGGGCGAACGAGCUUAUGAAGAAUCGAAUACAUCCGACCACGAUCAUCACCGGGUAUCGUUUGGCCCUCCGCGAAGCUGUGAAAUACAUGCACGAGAACAUCAGUGUUAAGGUUGAUCAGCUCGGCCGCGAAUCUCUCGUCAACAUCGCCAAAACCUCCAUGUCCAGCAAGAUUAUUGGAUCAGACUCUGAAUUCUUCUCAAAUAUGGUAGUUGAUGCUAUGCAGGCCGUCAAGUCAACCAACAACAGACAGGAAGUCAAAUACCCAGUAAAAGCAGUCAAUAUUCUUAAGGCGCACGGAAAAGGAGCGUUAGAAUCGAUGCUCGUCAAGGGAUAUGCGAUAAAUUGUACUGUAGCGUCGCAGGCUAUGGUUACCAGAGUUACGGAUGCGAAGAUUGCUGUUUUGGACAUGAAUUUGCAAAAGGAAAGAAUGAAGCUCGGAGUUCACAUCACGAUCGACGACCCAACGCAGUUGGAACAAAUUCGACAAAGAGAAUCCGGUAUGGUCAUGGAGAGGGUAGAGAUGAUCCUCAAAGCAGGAGCAAAUGUUGUCUUUACAACAAAGGGAAUUGAUGAUUUGUGCCUCAAACUUUUCAUCGAGAAGGGAGCUAUGGCAGUUAGAAGAUGUAAGAAGGAGGACCUCCGACGUAUAGCCAAAGCGACUGGAGCUACGCUUGUCAGUUCGCUUUCUGAUUUGAAUGGUGACGAGAAAUUCGAGGCAUCCUCUUUGGGACAUGCCGAGGAGGUGGUUCAGGAGAGAAUUUCAGAUGAUGAGUGCAUUUUGGUGAAAGGUACCAAGGUCCACACUUCGGCGUCUAUUAUUCUUCGUGGGCCAAAUGACUACCAGCUCGACGAGAUGGAGAGAUCAGUACACGACUCACUUUGUGCCGUUAAGCGAACGCUCGAGAGUGGAAGCAUCGUUCCAGGGGGUGGAGCGGUGGAGACUGCUCUUCAUAUCUACCUCGAAGAAUUUGCUGGCACAGUUGGCUCAAGGGAACAACUGGCUAUUGGCGAAUUCGCCCAGGCUCUUCUGGUUAUUCCCAAAACUCUUGCAGUCAACGCUGCGAAAGAUUCCUCAGAGCUCGUUGCACAGCUCCGGUCUCGUCACGCCCUUUCCCAGCGUAUUCAGGACGGAGAUGCAAAUGAAGAUGAAAAGACCAUUGCCAAAAAGAAGAACUACAAGAAUUACGGCCUUGAUCUCAUGAAGGGCAAGGUUGUCGACGAGGUGAAGGCUGGCGUAUUGGAGCCAAGCAUGAGCAAAAUUCGACAACUCAAAUCUGCCGUUGAGGCCUGUAUCUCGAUCAUGAGGAUUGACACCAUGAUCCAGUUAGACAAGGAACAAAGAGGGGAGGAUGAUGGACAUGGACAUUGA